GGUUGGGACGUGACGCUGCUCCACCGGGUCAGAUAGUCUUUAUCUUCAUUCUGUUCAGAAACUCUUGUUGACGUAAUUCCUCUAGUGCCUUUAAAGAAUGUCGUACCCGGGCUAUCCCCCCACAGGCUACCCAGCUUUCCCUGGAUAUCCUCCUGCGGGUCAGGAGUCAUCUUUUCCUCCUCCUGGUCAGUAUUCUUAUCCUAGUGGCUUUCCUCCAGUGGGAGGAGGUGCCUACCCACCAGCACCAAGUAGUGGCUACCCAGGAGCUGGAGGCUACCCAGGAGCUGGAGGCUGCCCUGCCCCUGGAGGCUAUCCCAGUGCCCCACAGCCAGGGGGAGCUCCAUCCUAUCCUGGAGGCCAAGGGUUUGGAGCCCCACCAAGUGGAGCAGGCUUUUCUGGCUAUCCACAGCCACCCUCACAGUCUUACGGCGGGGGCCCAUCCCAGGUCCCACUACCUGGUGGUUUUCCUGGGGGACCGAUGCCUUCUCAGUACCCUGGAGGACAAUCUCCUUACCCUAGUCAGCCUGCUUCGAUGACUCAGGGAACUCAAGGAACAAUCCAACCUGCUGCCGACUUCGAUGCCAUGAGAGAUGCAGAAAUUCUUCGUAAAGCAAUGAAGGGUUUUGGUACAGACGAACAGGCAAUUGUAGACGUUGUGGCCAAUCGUUCCAAUGAUCAAAGGCAAAACAUUAAAGCAGCUUUUAAGACCAUGUAUGGCAAGGAUUUAAUCAAAGAUCUUAAGUCAGAGUUAAGUGGAAAUAUGGAAGAACUGAUCCUUGCCCUGUUCAUGCCACCUACAUAUUAUGAUGCCUGGAGUUUACAGAAUGCAUUGAAGGGAGUAGGAACUCAGGAACGUGUAUUGAUUGAAAUUUUAUGCACAAGAACAAAUCAGGAAAUCAGAGAAAUUGUCAGAUGUUAUCAAUCAGAAUUUGGACGAGACCUUGAAAAGGACAUUAGGUCAGAUACAUCAGGGCAUUUUGAACGUUUACUUGUAUCCAUGUGCCAGGGAAAUCGCGAUGAGAACCAGAAUGUUAACCACCAGCUGGCUCAGGAAGAUGCUCAGCGUCUCUAUCAGGCUGGUGAGGGGAGAUUAGGGACAGAUGAAUCUUGCUUUAACAUGAUUCUUGCCACAAGAAGCUUUCCUCAGCUGAAAGCUACCAUGGAGGCGUAUUCCAGGAUGGCUAAUCGAGAUUUGUUAAGCAGUGUCGGCCGUGAGUUUUCUGGAAGUGUUGAAAGUGGUUUGAAGACCAUCUUGCAGUGUGCCCUGAACCGCCCUGCCUUCUUUGCUGAGAGGCUGUACUAUGCUAUGAAAGGUGCCGGCACAGAUGACUCCACCCUGGUCAGGAUUGUGGUCACUCGAAGUGAGAUUGAUCUUGUACAAAUAAAACAGAUGUUCAGUCAGAUGUAUCAGAAGACCCUGGGCACAAGGAUUGCAAGUGAUACGAGUGGAGAUUACCGAAGGCUUCUUCUGGCCAUUGUGGGCCAGUAGGAGAGAUUUUUUUUUUAAAUGAGUGAAGCUAUUCAGAGCUUAUCCUUCAAAGCAAUGAUUGACCUGCAUGCAGCAACAUCAACCCUCACCUAACCAAAAGAGCUUUUUACUAAAGACUGUGUCAGGGUAUUGUGCUUGGUUAGCACAUGUGGUUAUUGCCUUAAUUCCAAUGUUAUUUUUUUCUCUAUAUACGAUCAAGUAAAGCCAUAUCACAAUGAUGAAGUAAUAAUGCAAUGUUUGUAAAGCAUAAUUCUCACUGCUCUUAUUCUAAAUAGGAUACCAAAUUGAAUAAAAAUCACAACAGUCUGUAAUUCUGUGUAAUAAUAUUGAAUAAAAAAUUCAAUAUUGAAUAAAUUUGAAUAAAUAUUGAA